AACUUCUGGAAUAUUAUCAGCUCAAAUCAGUACUUCAGCUCCAGGAGGUGACAGAAAAGGCACUGGCAAGGAUCACUGGAUGAAAUACUAAGACAGUUUGAGAAAGCCGAGGGGGAGAUGAUGCCUUGACGGUGGGUGCUUAGACCACAAUGAACCAACACUUGCCCUGAGGUCAGACUGGAAAGAAUAGUUCACCUGGGCACGUCCCACAGGUCCCGGUGUGCCCAUGCAGUGGUCUGUGCUAGCUCUGCUGCUCCUAUUCUGCAGCCAUACUUUGGCACUGCGAUCAGGUGACAUCUGCCCGCAGAACAGUAACAAGGAGCAGGAUGGCACCAGGACGGCUGACUCCACGCCCACUGUGGACCCCAAACUCUUCAAUAAGAGACGAUACCGCUCACCUCGUGUGCUGUUUAGUGAACGGCCGCCUGAUUCGGACCCUGCAGAGCACCAGGGGUCAGCGGGCACAAAGGGCAGGACGAAGCGACGGGCAGGACAACAGCCCCAGCACCGUGGGGUAUAUUCGGUGUGUGAGAGUGUCAGCUUCUGGGUGGGGAAUAAAACCAAAGCGACAGACAUCAGAGGCAAUGAGGUAAUGGUGCUGCCUGACGUCAACAUUAAUGAGGUCAAGAAAAAGCAGUACUUCUUUGAGACAACAUGUAGCGGGGCCCGGCCCGCGGGCUCAGGCUGUCUGGGCAUUGAUGGACGCCACUGGAACUCAUACUGCACCAACUCACAUACGUUUGUGCGGGCAUUGACUUCAUUCAAGAACUUGGUGGCUUGGAGACUUAUUAGAAUCAAUGUGGCCUGUGUAUGUGUGCUCAGCCGCAAGUCCUGGAGACAAUGACACUCUGCCUCAUCACUACAUCCCUUACAAUAAGCCAGUAUCACCUCACUAUAACAGCCCAGUAACAUCUGAUUGAUGUAAAUGCUGGUUCUCAUGCUGAUGUUGUUGGUAUGUGUGUGAUACCACAUCAUUCAUGAGAACUCACACAUGAAAUAACAAAGGAGUUUAUGAAGAAGGCAUUCAUUUGAUAUGCCUCAUUACUGUCAGUCAUGUUAUGGCUUUAUAUGACUUCAUGUCGAGUCAUGUGGCAAAUAUUAUAACAGAACGUUUUACUAUGCUAUUAUUUUUCCUGAUGGACAUGAAUCAUUCCUGACGACGAC